AACUGAGGUGAAGUUUUCUCGCUCGCAACCAGACGCUUCCGGUGCGCUAUGGAGGUGGUCCGGGUGGUCGUGAGUGUCCUGGCCGUGUUUGUGGCUCUGUUCCCGGGGAGGCUCACGGUGGUGCGGGCCUCCUUCUCCCAGUCUCUGGACAGCGACUUCACCUUCACGCUGCCCGCAGGACGCAAGGAGUGCUUCUUCCAGACCAUGAGGAAGGACGCCGCGCUGGAGAUCGAGUAUCAGGUAUUAGAUGGCGCCGGUCUCGAUGUAGAUUUCUUCAUCACCUCUCCUUCUGACCAAGUGGUGUUCAGCGACUACCACAAGUCAGAUGGAGUGCACACCGUUGUCGACACCGAGGACGGAGACUACAUGUUCUGCUUUGACAACACGUUCAGCGCCGUCUCCGAGAAGCUCGUCUUCUUUGAGUUGAUCCUGGACAACAUGGACAAAGACGAAGAAGAGACAGAGGACUGGAAGGAGUACAUCCAGGGAACGGACGUGCUGGACAUGAAGAUGGAAGACAUCAUGGACACCAUCAACAACGUGAAGGCCCGGCUGGGCAAAAGUGUGCACAUCCAGACGGUGCUGCGGGCGUUCGAGGCUCGCGACAGAAACAUCCAGGAGAGUAACUUCAACAGGGUGAACUUUUGGUCCGUCGUCAACGUCGUGGUUAUGAUGGUGAUAUCGGCGGUGCAGGUCUACCUGGUCCGCUCGCUGUUUGAAGACAAGAGGAAGAUUCGCACAUAACACCACCCGGAAUGGAAGGACGGAGCGAGAAACUAACACACUUGCCCUGAGAUACCUUUUUUUUUCUUUUUAAGAAGAUUUCCUGGCUUUAACACAAGAUGUCAUUCAUACACCUACACACGCACACAAGCAGACAUUCUGACAGUCUUAAUAACAAAAGGCACCUCUGUUGUUGCUCUGCUUCUAAGUCAACUGACAUUUUAGGGAACAACGUAUAACUAUCACCCCCCCCCUCUACUUUACAAACUCGAUCCCUUUUGCUGCAGAAAAAAAGUCUCAUUGUCUCUCUUUAAACCAUAUAUAUUGUUUUAUAGUCCUCCCUAGCUUCACAGACUCUCCUCAGAAAGCGAAGAGCACGUUUAUGAUGUUUUUCCAAAAGAGAAAACAUUAAGUUACUGAGCCAAUGGCCAAUUUCAAAAAAAGAAAGAAAAAAAAAAUGUCCUCCUUUCUUUGGACAUGUUUUUAUUUUAGAUAAACUAGAUGAAGAAAUGAUAUGGUGUCUGAAGAAUUUUAUAUUUCUGCCAAAUAAGAGUGGGAAGCAAUCAAUAAGUCGGUAAUGAUCCCACUUUAAAGUAGUUCCACUCUUAAAUGUACCUCUUGUGUGUUGCUAUGACAACAGCGGCUUGUGCAGUCUGUGAGGUCUUUGAACGCGUCUCCCUUUGCCAUGGAUAUUUAUGAUUCCUAGAAAUUCAGACACUUUCUAUGCCAGUACUGGAGUAGGAGAGGAGGAAACCCCAUCUCCUCACGCCUGCUGCACUGCUCUCCUCUGCGACGGCUGGCGGGCUGAACGGCAGCCCGCUGGGCCCGGCCCUCCUCUGUGAAGCCUCACUGCCGCUGACAGGUGUCUGCUUACAGCCACCUACUGCGUGAAGAUGUUUCGGCCUCCAUAUCUCUCUUGUGACCGAGUCUAUUUCUAUCUCACUGACACCUGGAAGGUCAUAACCACUACAACACCGGGUGCGAAUCGCUCAGUUUCAUAACGGCGAGGCGUUCGCUGUCAGCGUUCUUUUUACGUGCUUGUAAUCUCUGUAUUUCGAUUGAUAUUCAUGUUUUACUAGCCAUCAAUACAAACUGACACCUGGUCAUUGCACUGCCUCUGAUGCCACGGAACAACAUCGUUAUUGAUGCAUAGGUUUACAUAAUGGGCCCCAAAAGUGUUUGUUUUAUCAAGAGGGUUUUUUAUCUCAUUGGUUUUCUUGUGAUUUUUGGGUGCUGGGAGGGUUUAUUUUAUUGUUCUUAUCACUGAGCUCCAAAGGUGACCCUUGGUUCCUCACUUCCCUGCUGGAAGCUGCAUGUUGCCGUCUUCUGAGUUCACCCUCCGCUGUAAGAUAAAGAUCACAGGGAGGUUAUUCCUUCAAAAUUUACAGCCAGAUGCUACUGGCAAAUAUAUUGUUUUACAAGCACAGGUCAAUUUUGAUAUUUUGGGCUAUUUUGCUUCUAUAUCAUGUUUUUUUUUCCAGACUAGUGGAAAGAAAACAUCCAAAAUACACAUGUUAGGUGUUUAUUCAACUACGUUGUCUGUUUACGUCUCUAGCUUUCUCCUGAAUUCACCAAAAGUUACCAUGAGAUAAUGCCAAAUUUGCAUAUUUAAACAUAAAAGUUCAGAAAACUUUUACCCUAUUCACCUGAAGUGUCUUCAAAAUGUAUGGAAUCUUACAAUCCUUACAGGCCGUUUUCUCUAAAUUAGUUUUUUUUCUCAGACUUCUGUAGCUGUUACAUACACCAAACGUUACAGGUUGAAGGUUUUUACAGAGGGGUUUGUUCAUAUAUCAUUCAUAUUCUGACUUAUACAACGUUUUAUUCCUAAAAACAUGUUUUUCUAUGGCUGUUGAAAGUAUUUUCUGAUUUAUGGAGUGAUACAAAUAGUUAUCCCACAUUCCUUCUGUAAAAACCUUUGACUCUAAUGUGUCAUAUGUAAAAUGAAACAAGAAUUUUUAACCAGGAUUUAUGCAAUUUUUCAAAUUCCUGUUCUGGAAAUGUAUGCAAAUUAGAACAUAUUUAAUAAAAUCAUGCCUCAUUUGCAGAUUUAAACAUAAGAUUCUAUUGUCCUAAUGUAAGUAAACAACUGGGUAAGUAACUGAGUAGUGUCUCCCUCUAACAGUCUUAUAUUGGAAAUUUGUACAUAUUGUAGGUCCCUGGAAUAACAUACAGGAUGUCUAUAAUUUAAGAAAUGAUCAUCAUCCUCCUCUGCCUCAGUUUACGUGCUUACGACCAUCAUGUUUUGGUAUCUCGUGUUUAAUUUAAGUACUGUAUGUAGACAUUCUAUAAGUGAUGGAUAAGUAAUAUGAAGUUGCAGUUCGUGAUUUAUUUUUAAAAGUGGUUCACUGUUUUACAAAAAUAAAAAGACUAUACAUAUUUAAAAAA